AUGUCUAGAGUUCAGAUAUCUAUUGAUAGAGGUGGAACUUUCACUGAUAUAUGGGCAAAUAUCCCAAACAAAGGUGAAAUAGUGUUUAAACUACUUUCAGUGGAUCCAAGUAACUAUAACGAUGCACCAACUGAAGGGAUUAGAAGAAUCUUGGAGUCAUUCACUGGGAAAGAGAUCCCAAAAGGUUCAAAGUUAGAUGGUAAUCUAAUCGAAUGGAUUAAAAUGGGUACAACAGUUGCAACUAAUGCCCUUCUUGAACGUAAAGGUGAAAAAUUUGUUUAUGUUACCACUCAAGAUUUCCAUGAUGUUUUGAAAAUUGGUACUCAAGCAAGACCUGAAUUGUUCAAUCUACAUAUAAAGAAGCCUGCUCCUUUAUAUGAUGAAGUUUUACAAGUUGAAGAAAGAAUCACCAUCGAAACUUCAAGUGAUGAUCCAAAUCAACAGGAAGUCGACGUUAGCUCUGAUCCUAACUUACGCUUGACAGAUUCUGGUUCCAUAAUAAGGAUAAUCAAACCAUUGAACGUGGAAAAGACAACCAGUGAUCUAGAAGGAUUAUAUUCCAAAGGUUACAGAAAUCUAGCAAUUGCGUUUGCACAUUCAUUUGUUUACAACAAGCAUGAAAAAAUGGUGAAGGAUAUCGCACUAAAAAUUGGAUUCAAAUAUGUUACUCUAUCUUCGGAAAUCUCACCAAUUAUUGGGAUUUUAAACAGAGGUAACUCUGCAAGUAUUGAUGCCUACUUAACACCACACGUUCAAAAAUAUAUUGAUAACUUUUUAAGUUCAUUCAGUAAUAAACCAAGAGUAGAGUUUAUGAAAAGUGACGGUGGGUUAUGCUCAGCUUCCAAAUUUAGUGGAUUGAAUGCAAUUUUGUCGGGCCCUGCAGGUGGUGUUGUUGGAUUUUCACAGACUGCUUAUGAAUCCAAACCUGUUAUAGGAUUUGAUAUGGGUGGUACCUCAACUGAUGUUUGUAGAUUUGGUGGUCAAUUAGAAGUUGAUUAUGAAAAUAAUACUGCUGGGAUUGAAAUAUUUGCUCCACAAUUACAGAUUCAUACCGUUGCUGCAGGUGGUGGAUCUAUCUUGAAAUGGGAAAAUGGAUUAUUCCAUGCUGGUCCUGAAUCUGCUUCUGCUCAUCCGGGUCCUGCUUGUUAUAAGAAAGGUGGUCCUUUGACCAUUACUGAUGCUAAUUUGUUCCUUGGUAGAUUAGUUAAAUCUCAAUUCCCAAAUAUCUUUGGACCAAAUGCAGAUGAACCAUUAGAUGAUCAAACAACUACUGAAAAAUUCAUUGAAUUAACUAAAGUGAUUAAUAAAGACACUGGUAAAAACUUUACACCACAACAAGUUGCUUUGGGAUUUUUAAAAGUUGCAAAUGAAACAAUGUCAAGAAGUAUAAGAGAAGUCACUGAAGCUAGAGGUUUUGCUACAAAGGAACAUGACUUGACAUCUUUUGGUGGUGCUGGUGGUCAACACUGUUGUGCUAUUGCUAAGAAUCUAGGGAUCAAUAGAAUCAUCAUCCAUAAAUAUUCCUCAAUCUUGUCUGCUUAUGGUAUGACUUUAGCUGAUAAUAGUACUGAGUUUAGGGAGCCUUUCAAAGGUGAUUUGAAUCAAGAAUCUCUACAAAAUGUUUUGGAUGCUUGUAAGGGAUUGGAACAAAAAGCUAAAACUGAAUUAGAACCACAAUUAAUAGAUUCAUCAAGGAUCAAAUUAAAGACUAAAAUUUCUUUGAACUUGAAAUAUAGAAAUUCAAACACUUUAUUUGCAGUGGAGGCUGAUGAAGAUGAUUUUUUGAACACCGACUUCGAGGCUAAAUUUUUGAAACAACAUGAAAGAGAAUUCGGUUUUACACUACAAACUCCAAUCAUUAUUGAUUCCAUAAUUGUUAAAUCCAUCAUAAAUACAAAUGAAUCAAAUGCUAAAGUUGCCAUCAAUGAUGAAUUGUCAAAAAUUACAAAAACCACACCAGUUCCAUCAACAACUCAACUUGUUAAUUUUGAAUCGGGACAAUUAGAAUCAAAAGUUUUUCAUCUAAAAGAUCUAUCACCUGGCUCCAUCAUUGCUGGACCUGCUUUAAUCAUUGAUGAAACCCAGACUUUGUUGUUAGAGCCGAACACAACGGCCACAAUACUUUCAAACCAUAUUGUUAUCACAGUCGAUUCAGAUUCACAAACAACUCUCAAGGAAGAAAUCAGUUCUGAUACACCAUUGGAACAAGCUGAUCCAAUCUUAUUAAGUGUCUUUGGUCAUAGAUUUAUGUCAAUAGCUGAACAAAUGGGUAGAACCUUACAAAGAACCAGUGUGAGUACUUCAAUCAAAGAAAGAUUAGAUUUUUCAUGUGCUAUAUUUGGUCCAGAUGGUGGAUUAGUUGCAAAUGCUCCUCAUAUCCCUGUCCAUCUUGGUUCUAUGCAAUAUGCUAUUCAAUAUCAACAUGAUUUAUGGCUAGGGAAAUUGAAACCUGGUGAUGUCCUUGUUAGUAAUCACCCAGAAGCUGGUGGUACUCAUUUACCUGAUAUUACCGUUAUUACUCCAGUUUUCUUCCAAGAUGAAAUUGUCUUUUAUGUUGCAUCGAGAGGGCAUCAUCAAGAUAUUGGUGGGAUUGGUGUAACUGCUAUGAUUCCAAAUAGUAAAGAAUUAUGGCAAGAAGGUGUCUCCAUAAAGAGUUUCAAAUUGGUUAGUGGUGGUAAAUUUGAUGAAAAAGGCAUAAAGAGGAUUUUUGAAGAACCUGCCAAAUACCCAGGAAGUAGCGCUACUAGAAAUUUACACAAUAAUUUGAGUGAUUUAAAAGCUCAAAUUAGUGCAAAUCAACGUGGUACUUUAUUAAUGCAAGCUUUAUUUGAAGAAUAUGGUAAAUUAGUGGUUCAAUACUAUAUGAAGGCAAUUAGACAAAAUUCAGAGUUAGCCAUUCGUGAUUUCUUCAAGAAACAAGCUCUUUUACAUAAAGGUGGAAAACUGAAAGCUAUUGAUUAUUUUGAUGAUGGUACACCUGUUCAGUUAGAAAUAACAAUUGAUGGUGAAAAAGGUGAAGCAUUUUUCGAUUUUACAGGAACAGGACCUGAAGUUUAUGGCCCAAUGAAUACCCCAGAGGCAAUUACACAUUCAUGUGUUAUUUAUGUUUUACGUUGUUUGAUUGACAUGGAUAUCCCACUGAAUCAAGGUUGUUUGACACCAUGUAAGAUAUAUAUUCCAGAAAACACCAUCUUAAAUCCAAGUGGAUUUGUGGCAAUUUGUGGUUCAACCAUUGCUGGUCAAAGAAUUACAGAUGUUUUAUUGAAAGCAUUUGGUAUUUGUGCAGCUUCACAAGGUUGUGCUAAUAGUUUUGGAUUUGGUACAGGUGGUAAGGAUCCAAUUACUGGUGAACGUUUACAAGGUUUCACAUUUGCAGAAGCUAUUGGAGGUGGUGCUGGCGCCGGACCAUGGGGCGGUGAAACUGUUGAUGCUUGUAAUGUCCAUUGUACCAAUACUAGAACAACUGAUAUUGAAAUCAUUGAAUGGAGAACACCUGUUCUUGUCAGUCAAUGGUGUAUUAGAAAAGGUUCUGGUGGUGACGGGUUAGUAAAAGGUGGUAACGGUGCUGUUAGAGAGAUUGAAGCUAGAAUUCCAUUGAGGGUUUCAAUCUUGUCUGAAAGAAGAGUUUUUGCACCAUAUGGUAUGAAUGGAGGUGAAGAUGGUGCCAAAGGUUUGAACAUUUGGUUUAGAAAACAGAAAGAUGGAAGUUUCAUCGCAACCAGAAUGGGUCCAAAAGAGAUCAUCAACAUCAAUGCUGGAGACAGAGUUCAAAUCAAUACACCAGGUGGUGGUGGUUAUGGUGUAAAAAUAGAUAAUUAG